AGAGGACACAGCCAAAACCUAAAGGUAAGCCGCUGAAUCCCACGUUCCUGGCUGGAACCCUCGGGAAUCGCUCAGGGAGCCCCUCCCCUUCGGUACCGAGCAUCCCAGGAACCGGAAGCGGAAGUGCGCGGCCACGGGUAGGCUGCCGGUUUCUACCGCACUCCUGUUCCGGCGUCAGGAAGGUUUUGCGUAUUUAGGCAUCCGGCUUGGUCCAGUUUUUGCUCACGCUUUCUUGCGCACCUCUGACCUCUCCACCCACGCAGAGCCGCGGGACUUUCUGUAGCCUGGCUCUGCCCGUGGUAUCCCGCCGCCUCAGCGUCUGUGUUCCUCUUUCCUCCUCCGCCGCCGUCCUUCGCCCGCCGGAGUCUCCUCUGAGAGUUCGUCCCACCCCUCCAGUGCCCGCAUGGGCUGCGAUUUCUUUCUGCCCCGGCGGCUUCUGGACGGCGGAGUAGGUGGGUUGGACCGGUCUGUCGAUGCAUUAGCAGGUCGCAAGUGUGGCACAGGGAGAACUAGACCAGUCUAGACAGCCAGGGACCUAGGGCGACCAUCUUGCCCGUCCAGAAAUCACAGGGAUUGCAGCUGUUCUGACUGGUGUGUGGACCAAACAUUAUUCAUCUGCCUCCAAACUGCCUAGUGACUCUGCUUUCAUUCCCAUCCCUCUUACUGAAGUGGCUCCUUGGACUUAGAGAAGACACUCACUUGGACUUCCAGAAGCUGGAGCAAGGAAAUGGUACUCUCCAGCUUAGGACAAAGUUCUGUUCUGAUGACUCUGUUGUGAGGUGGUUGUAAUGUGCUGUCGAGCCAGUUCCCACCCUGGGUACAACGGAAUGAAACACUGCCUGGUGCUGUGCCAUCAGCAUAAUCGUUGUUGUGCUUAAGCCCAUUGUUACAGCCCUUGGCUCAGUCCAUCUCAUGGAGGGUCUUCCUCAUUUUUACUGACUCCCUACUUUACCAAGCAUGAUAUCCUUCCCCAGGGACUGAUCCCUCCUGAUAACAUGUCCAAGGACACACUGGUCAUUGAGGAUGUGGUCCUAGACUUUACCCAGGAAGAGUGGGCUUUGCUGGAUCUUGCUCAGAGGAAGCUCUACAGAGAUGUGAUGACGGAAACCUUCAGAAACCUGGCCUGCGUAGUAUCUCGAAACCUUAAUGAUGGAGAAAAGUUGUCCAGUGAACAUAUAAUAGUACAGUUAAUGAAGAAUAACACCUGCUCCUCCAUGUUAGGAAAAAUCCUUGAAUCGCAUGUCAAUAAAGAUCAGCACAAUAACCAGUGGAGAUAUUUGAGAAGGCAUGCCGUAGAGAACCUCCAUGAAAGUAAUGAAGGCAAUCAGCAUAGAAAAGCCUUCAGCUGGAUUCCAAAUCUUACUGUGGUGAAAGGAAAGCCUUCAGAAGUAAAUCCUUUUACAUGCUGUGAGUGUGGAAAAGCCUUCAAGGAUCACUCGUCAUAUGAGCAUCAUACCAGAUCUCAGACUGGUUGUAAUACUUAUCAGUUUAAGAAAUGUGGAGAAGCCUACAGUUGUCCCUCUCACCUGAGCACUCCUGUGACAACUCUUACUGGAGAAAAACCUUUUAUGUGUAGGGUAUUUGGGAGAGACUUCGUUUGUACUUCAGCCCUUGAAAGUCCUGUGACAACACUCACUGAUGAGAAACACAGUGAAUGUAACAAAUAUGGGAAAGAUUCCUGUAGUUUCUCAUCCUUUCAAACACACGUGACAGGUCAUAAGCAAGAAUGUGAAGAAUGUUGUAAAACCCAUGGUCCUACAUCCCUCUCUUUACAUAAAAAAUCUCAUAACACAAAUAAGCCUUAUCAAUGUAAGGAAUGUGGAAAAGCCUUUAGGUAUGCCUCAAACCUCACUAAACAUACAAAAACUUACAGUGGACAGGGGCCUUUUGAAUGUAAGGAAUGUAGAAAAACAUUUACUUGUUACUCAUUCUUUUCUAAGCAUUUAAGAAUUCACAGUGGAGAGAUGCCUUAUGAAUGUAAGGAAUGUGGGAAAGCCUUUAGUCUGUCAUCACACCUCUCUAAACAUAGAAGAACUCACAGUACAGUGAAGCCUUACGUAUGUGAGGAAUGUGAGAAAGCCUUUAGACAUCCCUCAUUGCUCACCCUACAUACGAGAACUCACAGUGGAGAGAGACCUUAUGAAUGUAAGGAAUGUGGGAAAGCCUUUAGUCAACCAUCAUGCCUCUCUAAACAUAGGGGAACUCACAACAGAGUGAGGUUUUAUGAAUGUAGGAAAUGUGGGAAAACCUUCAGUUCUUCCUCACUGUUUACUAACCAUAAGAAAUCUCACAGUAGAGAGAGGCCUCAUGAAUGUACAGAAUGUGGGAAAGCCUUUAGUUACAUCUCAGACCUCACUAAACAUAAAAGAAUUCACAGCGGAGAGAGACCUUAUGAAUGUAAGCAAUGUGGGAAAGCCUUUAGACAUGCCUCUCAGUUCACUAAACAUAAAAGAAUUCACAGUGGAGAGAGGCCUUACGAAUGUAAGCAGUGUGGGAAAGCCUUUAGUUACGUCUCAGACCUCACUAAACAUAAAAGAAUUCACAGCGGAGAGAGGCCUUAUGAAUGUAAGCAGUGUGGGAAAGCCUUUAAUUAUGUCUCAGACCUCACUAAACAUAAAAGAAUUCACAGUGGAGAGAGACCUUAUGAAUGUAAGCAAUGUGGGAAAGCCUUUAGACAGUCAUCACACUUCACUUACCAUUUAAGAACUCACAGUGGUGAGGCCUUGUGAAUGUAAGGAAUGUGGGAAUACCUUUAAUUGUGCCUCAUGCUUCACUACACAUGUAGGAACUCAGUGGAGAGACUGCUGUAUGUCCAAAGUGAGAUAUUUCAUUCUUACUGCUGUAAUUGCAAACAGCAAAUAUCUGAGUCUGUGGUUACAGAACAAAGCAAGAUUAACUGAAAACAGGGAUCAUUAGAGGUACUUUGUGCCUUUGGGAGAAAUGACAGUUUCAUUGUAAAUGUGGGGCUGUCCUUGUUGGUGUUAUGUUCUUAGUUCUAGCUAAAUUUUACUUAAGUCUUUGGCUGUUACAAAUAAGGCUGCAGGGAAUAGCCUUGAGCAACUGUUGUUUUAUAUAUUUUUUAAUGUUUUUAUUGAUUUUAGUUUGCAUGCAAUAAAAUACACUGAUCUUGUAUUUGGCUUCACAGUGGUUUGGUUUGUUUUCAUAUUUAAUGUGUUUUCUUCCUUUCUUUCCUACUAUAAAGUUAAUUUUUUGACCCUUUAUAAUUAGUAAGUAUGGUGUAGUUGAUUACUUUUGUGUGGCUUUUCUAGCCGUGGUCUUGUAACUCCUACCCAGGUGAUUGGGUGGGACUGUGCAGAUAGGGUAAUUGUACCCCUCCAAGGGGAUUGGUCAGUUUUGUCAUCCCACUGGGCUUGAAACAAUCCACCUCAGAGGUGGGAAAAAGAAGAACCCACCACUGCCAAGGAAGAAGAGCCAGUGGCAUCCUUUAGACCCAGGAUCCCUGUGCUGAGAAGCUCCUGGAAGCAGGAAAAUGAAAGAGAGAGCAACCUGUAAUCCUGAAGAUGGCGGGAAGCAGUGGCAGCAGGAGACGGCACAGUGGGCUUCUUAGCCCACGGAGGGAGAAGCUAGGCCUAGGGUUAGGGAGAGGCAUGCCUGUGAACACAGCUGGAAACAGGCUGUCCUGAUGGAAGAACUAUAUCCUGAGUGUUCUUGAGCCUGAAUUAUAACUGUUACUUCCCUAAUUGGUGUAGUGGUUAAGUGCUACAGCUGCUGACCAGAAGGUCAGCAGUUCAGAUCCACCAGGCACUCCUUGGAAACUUUAUGGGGCAGUACUUCUCUGUCCUAUAGGGUUGCUAUUAGUUGGAAUGGCCUCGAUGGCAAUGGGCUUGUUCCCCCCCCGCCCCAAUAAACCUCAUAAUUGUGAGUAUUGUCUGUGAAUUCUGUGUGGGUGUUGCAAUGAAUUAUUAAUCUCAGCAGAGAAGUAGAGAGUGCUGUGGAAGGGACAGUUGGUAUGAGGAUUGGUAAAAAUAAUAGAGGAGGCACCUCUGACUGCUACCUCAUAGGAAUUAGCCUUGGGCUGUUGAUCUUGAGUCUGCUUUCCACUUGUGAAGUUAGAGGAGGUCAGAUACUUCCCCUAAGCUGUUUUCACAGUAAGUUUAUCCUAGGGUGAUACUUGGAGACUGCAGACAUUUUGUUUUUUUGUCGUACUUUGGCUUAUUAAUUUUAGAAUUCAUUGAUAAUUAUUAACUACAGUGAUUAUUACUGUGGUGGUUUCUGUUCCAAUCAUUUUUUCUAUGUUUAGUAAUUGGAAUUCUGAAAGGAACACCUUUCCCUUCUCCGUCUUUUAAUUAUUAAACUGUUUAUAUCAGUAUAGGCUAAUCAAUAUUACUGUAUUUUUUUUCUUGCUCAAAUUUUCACGUUUGUUUAUUAGGAGCUCCCUUAAGAGUAAGUUCCUGUUCUUUUUGACAUGUCCCCGUCAUAAUCUGUACAUUACUUUCUGUCAGACUUUGAGGCUCAUCUUGUCCUUUUCCUCUUCAGCCCUGAAAUCAAGCCUUUCUUCAAGAAAACCUGGUUCUUUUUAUUAGAGAAUUUUUAGAAACAAAGAUUUGGGCAUUCAGUGUGCUUAUUGUUACUGGAUGCUCAGUGGACAGAGCUAGGAAAUAUAUGUAUGAUUGCACAUUCAACAGACAUAUUUUUACCUAUUUCUGUAUGUAUCUGUAUAUAAUUUUAAAACCAUGAGAUCAUACCCAGUCUUU